AGAGACCAUUGACACGUAAGAAUCCUGCUUUAAUUUUAUGGAAGAGGCUACGUAGGCCUACAUCUUUUUUAGUAGCGAAGGAUGGUAUUUUUUAAUAUAGCCAGCUACUAAUAUUUUGUAUUUGGUUUGAUGUACAUAAUUAUCCAACGCGACUAAAUUAGGCUGUAGAAAGGGCCUACAUAGUCAACGUUGAGAAUGAGAUUCUCAAUGUUUAUUUCUCUGCUGAGGCCGAUCGGGCCGGUUAUUAUCGGUAUUUCUUUGGGAUUUACCUUAAGUUUACUUAGUGUGAAUUGGGUGGAGGAGUCUUGUUUCCUCAACGGGAAAGCGAGUGAAGAAAUAAGUUUGUCCCAAGAUGGGAAUUCAAAAGGAGCAAGGAGACCCAAUUCGAUAUCGACGGUCAAAGAUGUGGACGCCGAGGAAGAUUUUGAGCCAAGAAUAGUGCCAUAUAAACCAGUCCAACAAAGCAAACCAAAUAAACUUUUUCGGGCUAAGUACAUCAGUACAGAGCUGGGGAUCCGGGAGCGCCUCUUCGUAGGGAUCCUGACCUCCAAAAGCACCAUCAACACAUUGGGAGUGGCCGUGAACCGCACCCUCAGCCACCACCUGGACACUGUCGUCUUCUUCACCGGCAUGCGCAACCGCAAAGUGCCCCACGGCAUGUUCGUGGUCACCCAUGGGGACGAGAGGCUCAUAUGGAACAUGUUCCAGACCAUCAAGUACAUCUUGGAGCACUAUGUCCAUGAGUAUGACUGGUUCUAUCUGGCCCAGGACGACACCUACACCGAGGCAGACCGGAUCAAACAGCUGGUGGCUCACCUGAGCAUGGACCGGGAGCUUUACAUGGGCAGCCCUGAGGAGUUUAUAGGUGGGGAGAUGGAGGGGAGGUACUGCUACGGUGGGUUUGGUUACAUUCUGUCCCGUACCCUGUUGCUCCGGCUCAAACCCUUCCUGGAGAACUGUAGGAAUGACAUCCUGAGCGCCAGGCCUGACGAGUGGCUGGGCAGAUGCAUCAUUGAUUAUUCCAACACCAACUGUGUGGAUGAGCAUGAGGGGCUGCAGUACUACCAUUACGAGAUGGGCAAGAACUCAGAUCCGAGUAAGGAGGACAAUAUGCAGUUUAAAAAUGCCUUGACUGUCCACCCGGUGUCUGACCCUGAGCAGAUGUAUAGACUACACAAGCACUUCACUGAGAUCGAACUGCAGAGGACAUACGAUGAGAUUGAGAAGCUGCAGACGGAGAUAAAGAAUGUGAGUGAAGUGGCUUAUGAUGGCAACCGGAGCGCCCAGUGGCCCAUUGGGAUCAAUCCUCCCUUUGAGCCCAAGUCUCGCUUCGAGGUCCUUCGAUGGGACUACUUCACGGAGGAACAGUUGUAUUCGUGCAUCGACGGCUUCCCCAAGUGUGAACUGCGCGGUAUUGAUCGUUUGGAUGUGGCAGACGUCAUCGAGAUAGCCAUGGGGGAGCUGAACAAGAAGUACAAGCCUGUCCUCCACUUGAAGAAGCAGCAGCUGAUCAAUGGCUACCGGCGCUUCGACCCUACUCGGGGCAUGGAGUACACCCUGGACCUGCAGCUGGAGGUAGUCAACCAGAAAGGUCACAGUAGCUCCAUCACCAAGAGGGUCCACCUGGUGCGUCCCCUGAGUCGCAUCGAAAUCAUCCCCAUGCCUUAUGUCACAGAGGCCACCAGAGUUCACAUCAUCUUACCGCUGAACGUUCAGGAUCGAGAUUACGUCAACCAUUUUCUUGAAGUGUUGGCCGCAAAUUCGUUUGAGACCAGUGAAAACGCCAUCUUGACUUUCCUGUUCAUCUACGACCCAUUCGAGGCCCAGCAGGUCAACCAGAAUGACAUCUUCGCCAGUGUUAAAACCCAGAUCAAUGCCUAUGAACGCAAGUAUCCAACAGUGAAGAUCCCGUGGAUAAGUGUCAAGACCGAAACCCCUUCUCAAAUCAAAUUCAUGGACAUCAUCUCGAAGAAGCACCCAGUAGACACGCUGUUCUUCAUCACUAACGUCAACACCAACGUCAACUCAGAGUUCCUCAACCGUUGCCGCAUGAACUCCAUCAACAACUGGCAGGUGUUCUUCCCAAUCCACUUCCAGGACUACAACCCAGACAUUGCCUUCCACAACCAGGAGCCCCCACCCGCAGUAGACCUGGUCAAGGACGCCGGACACUUUGACCGCAGUUCGUUCGAGGAGGCGUGCUUCUACAACACUGACUACAUGGCGACGCGCACACGAAUGGCCUCCGACGUGCAGGAGAACGAGGAGAUCCUGGAAACCUUGGAUAUCUAUGAUAUGUUUGUCAGGUACUCAACCCUGCAUGUGUUCAGGGCUGUGGAGCCAGCCUUGCACCAGAAGUACUACUACCAGGCCUGUAACCCUCGGCUCAGUGAGGACAUCUACCACAGGUGUGUCCAGAGCAACCUGGAUGGCCUGGGAGCCCGUUCCCAGCUCGCCAUGCUGUUAUUUGAACAAGAGCAAGGAAAUAGCACUUGAUCACACCUCGCUUAGAAACCUCCCCUUGAAUGUGUGUGUGAUUGAGUGUAUGUGAAUGUGUGUUAACAUGUUUGCGUGCGUGUGGUUGUGUGCAUGUCUGUUUUAAAACUAGUGCAGUACAUUCCUAAAAUGUUUUUUUGAUUUGUUACUGAAUACAAAAAACAUUGCUGGAACCAAAUGGGGUGGUUUUGAACAUUGAAAGUAUUUUAAACCUUUGAUUUGGUGGUCAUGCAGGGAUGCCUAUAUCAAUAUUUUUUUAUAUAUUAGAAAAGUUCUACAUACAUUUGAUGUUUCUCUCAAUGGUAUGGCUUUUAACCUGCACAGCUUUUGAUACUUGGUCCUUUGCAGUUUAGUAAUCACUACUAAAGCACAUCUCAAUAUGUGUGCCUUUUAAUGUCUGUCGGUCCUCUUGUAUUUUCAUGUCCCUUGUCACAUCAAGCAAAAUAAGUAGAUUUACAUGUACACAUUUAUCAAUAUUUGAGGCCUCAUAUUUCCACACUACACAAUUAAUAUUUUAAUGUGUAAGCUGGCAUGUGAAAUAUAGAUUCACUCUACUCAAAGAUGUUAAACGGAAGAAAGCUUAAUGGCACUGACGUAAUCAGAUGCACCGUGAGAUUACUGUUAGGUUAAGAGGAUUGGACAUUAUGUGUCGGUACUGUAGGUCCCCGUAGGUGAGGUAGAAAACUACCCCUCUAGGGGUCUCUUUAGGAGGUUGCAGCAUUACACAUUCUUUAAAAAAAUCGAAUAAAAAGCAUAUGAUUGUCUGUUAUUUAGAAUAGGAAAUCAUGUCAUCUUUAUCUGUUACAUUUCUAUCUGCAAAACUCUAAACAUUUCACCCCUCUGAAUACACGGUUAGAUACUGUAUGUUUCUCUGACCAUAUUGCUGGAGUCCUUGAAAAUAACUGAGGUCAACUUUGUGACUGGACUAGUCCACAUAAGUUGCUGGUUUCAGUAUGUACCACACUAAAAUGUCAUCUCAAUAUAUUAAAGUAGCAAUUUGAAAGCAGUUGCAUUUUAAGAAUGUAGUUAUUGAGGGCAAUCAGGAUUGUGGUUUGUAAUGUAUACGUUGGUAGUCAACGUUGUAACAUGAAUGCUAUUAAAUUUCUAUUACAUUUCUAUUGCAUCGGAAUAUACCUGAAGAUAUACAGUUGAAGUCUGAAGUUUACAUACACCUUAGCAUUUCAACAAAAAAUUUCACAAUUCCUGACAUUUAAUCAUAGUAAAAAUUCCCUGU